GUGGCAUGCACGGCGACGCGUAUAAAGGCUUCAGACGACUUUCAGGCUCUUCAGAAGUCACUGAUCUGCAUUUCUCUACCUCACGUCCACCAAUCCAGUCUACGUCUGACGACCUAAAAGACGAUACUUGUUCAUGGCCAUGUCUGGACAAGUCUUUGCACUCCUCGUCGGAAUCGACAAGUACCAGUCCGGCAACAUCUGGAACCUCAACGCCGCUGUAGACGACGCACAGAGCGUUGAGCGUUGGCUUACGAACGACCUCCAGGUCCCGCGUGAUCACAUCUGCACCCUCAUCGACGCUCAGGCAACCAAGCGUCAGAUUGAGGAACGUUUCAUGAACCACCUCGUCAACAACCCCGCCAUCGAACCCGGCGAUGCACUCAUCGUCUAUUUUGCAGGACAUGGUAGCAGCAUUCGCGCGCCCCCUGGUUGGUUCGACCAGGGCCGCAGCGACGUCCCUGUUCUCUGCACUUACGACUAUGACACGAAGCUGCCCAAAGGCCAUACAAACGCUGGCAUCUCCAACCGCUCCCUCCACGCCAUGCUUCAAGACCUCGCCCAAGUGAAAGGCGACAACAUCACCCUCAUCCUGGAUACCUGCUUCUGCCCCCCGCCCGCCAGUGACGACGAUUCCAAGGAGCGCCGCUAUACCCGCUACACCCCCACACGUAAAGCCAGGUCCGAAGACCUGCUGGCAGGUUUCUGGCGGAGCGCCUCCCCGCAGAAGACCGAGCCCGUGGCCAACCGAGGCUUCACCGGAAUUACCGUCAAAUCGCACGUCGUCCUUGCUGCGAGUGGCUCCGGAUGGUCUGCGACGGAACGUAAGGACGGAGGGAACUUCACCCGUGCCCUCCUAUCACUGAAGGAUGCCCGUCCGCUCCACAAACUCACCUACGCUGACCUCCCACACGAGCUCGCUCCGUACAUGGGCGACCAUCAGCACGCGGCUUGCGCAGGUGUGAAUGUCGACCGCAUUCUCUUCGACGGGGUCCCCUUCUCCUGUGAUGGCCGCUUCGUCGCGGUUUCACCCUACAACAACGAGUACGUUCAAGUCGAUGCGGGCGAGAUGCAUGGAGUGUCAGUUGGCACAGAGUUCGCUCUGCACGCGCACAAUCGCAAGGGCUCACUUAACAGCCAGCUGGGCAGUUACGUCGCGACGCAGGUGUUCCCCACGUGGUGCCUCGCCCGUCCCAAGACGCCCGCGAAGCAGAUCCAGCGCGACGGCUGGGCAAGGGUUACCCGUUGGAAUAACCCCACACCAUUUCGCGUCGACGUUCGGUACUCCCUCUGCUCCUUCUUCCGCCGCUCACGUCUCGCGCGCGGGAAUCCUGCGACCUCGGCUGCACUAGUGGAGAAGGCCGGGAUCGGGAUCCUCGGCUCGACCAGCGUGGACGACGCUGAUCUGUCGGUGCACCUGAGAUUCAGAGGGAAGGAGCUCGGCGCAGUGCGGCGUGACCCGCUCAUUUCUGAGAACUGCGGCGACAAGCUUCGCAUCGCCAACGAAGACACGCGCACGGACGUCAAAACGAUGGAGUCCGCGGCGGGCCGGUUCCACAUGCUUUUGUACCGCAAGCAUCCGGCACGACCAUUCUCUAGGCAGGCCAGCACGCACAGGAGCGGAAAGUCAGCGGGGGCGGGUGCCACUCAAGCGAACGCUGACCCUAUCUACGCCGUCGUCCUCCGUAACGAGUCGGUCCUCAAUCUCUGGCCGUACCUCGCGUACAUGGAUGCCAGGGCGUACAACGUCUCCGUCCUCUACCACCUCGACCGUGCUUCCUGCGCCGGCCCCCCGCUCAAGAAGCAUUCGCACAUGGUGAUCGGCUUCUACUCGACCGAGACGGAGGCACUGUCAUUCGCGCUCGAGGAUGGGGCUGACCAUGGGACUCAUGCCCUGAUGGCGAUCUUGCACGAAGGCACCUCGAUGGCAAACGAUCAGCCUUCGUCGUUCCGUAUGGUAUAUUGUGGGAUUUACUAUUAA